UACUCAGUCGUGCACGGCCGGUUGCAAAGUACGUUACUUGAUAAAGUGUUCUUAUCAAUUUCAUUUAUACGUUUGAUGUUAAACAACGUUUUCUUAUUUAUCAUAAUCAUUUGCUUUAUUCAUUAUUUAUAAUACGUUUUAAUCGUAUAUAAUCUUGAAUAAUACAAUCGAGAUAUAUUUAUAUAUAUAUAUCGAUCUUGUCAACUUGUUUUUCAAUUUUAAUAGAAGAAGAAGAAGAAGAAGAAGAAACAUUUAAACGAACUUUUUCUUCUAUUUCAUUUUUUUAUAUAAAAAUUUGAAAAACGUGAGAGAUAGUGACGUAAGGAGGAAAAAUAUAUUUCACGUGGGUUGAAAAAAAGACAAAAAGAAAGUAAGAAAAAGAAAAAUCAACGUCGUCAAAUUCGUUAAUUUCGACGAGUGUUGUCAUCACGUUUAUUCGUGAGAGAAGAUAAAGGACUACUACUACGAAUAUUUAAGAAAAGGAAUCUAGAAAUGAGAACACUUAUGGAACACCAACUGUCCUGGUUCGCCUUGUUAAUGACUGCAUUCUAUUCUCUUCUCGCAAGUUGCCGAGGUGAGGAGUGCGGGCACGAAGAACUUACGAGGUGCGCAAGACCUCUCAAGAAGAUCAGCAACAACAACGAUCUUAGUUUCGUCACGAAGAAAGAGGAUCUUCAAGAGUUAUGCCCAGAUAUCCAGGCUGGGAUGAAGUGCAUCAAAACGUACACCGUCAAGUGCAUGGAGGCCGACCAGAGGGAACACUUUAACUCUUUGUACACGGGGACAAACCAAGCGAUUAUGGAACUUUGCCAAGAUGGUCCUUACCAAGACGAAUAUCUACGACACGCACCAUGCAUGCACCAUGCCAAGAAAGACUACGAUCGUUGUUACAAGAGAUACGAGAGAACCACUCAAGAAAUCGAGAGGGAAAAUCGUACGUCUGGUCCUAACGGUUCUCUCAAAUCGGUUUGUUGUGCCUUCAAGGAAUAUCUAGAGUGUUCGCAUCAUACGGUACGUCGACAGUGUGGCGAUGACACGGCGCGAUUCACAAAGGAAUUCCUCGACAGGAUGUCAAAUUCGCUUUUGAAGAUGCACUGUGCAUCGUUCAGCCAUGAAGAGUGUAUAGCAAUCUAUAGCGGAGCCGGUAGAACGUGGAAUAAUGUCGAGUUGAUAGUGCCGUUGAUGUUUGUUUUUCUCGCGAGGUAUUUCACGUAAAUGUAGCGAUGGGUUUCAGCUUUGGUGGCCGUCACCUACGAUGCCGGGGAAAAAAGGGCAAUUUCCUUGCCUGCAAGGUCCCUUUUUUUUCGAUACGAACAAAAAGGGCUGCUAUCUUUUCGAAAGAAACGAUAUCAGUUUAGGGGAAGCAAGAUGCUGGAAGGAAGACCAACAACAAUAUCAUUUGUUUUCUUCCCUUUUAUUCUUAUUUUUGUGGAAGAUCAACAAGAGUAAAAGGAAAUAAUAAUAAUAAUAAUAAGAAGAAGAAGAA